AUGGACAUAGACUAUGCCAUAAGGAAAGAUGAACCACAUAAGAUCACUGAUACCAGCACACCUGAACAAAUUUUGUUGUACGAACGCUGGGAGAAAUCUAAUCGCCUUAGCGUGAUGUACAUUAAGACAAAAAUCAGUGCUGGUAUACGUGGUUCAAUCGAGCAACAUGAAAAUGUUCGUGAAUUGCUAAAGGCUAUUGACGAGCAAUUCGUCACUUCAGAUAAAGCCUUGGCAAGCACCUUAAUUAUGAAGUUCACAUCCUUGAAGCUCACCGCUGUAAGAGGUGUGCGUGAACAUAUCAUGGAGAUGAGGGACAUUGUGGCUCAAUUGAAGAAACUCGAGGUAGAAAUGUCUGAAUCUUUCUUGGUGCACUUUAUCCUUAACACUCUUCCACCUCAAGGAAGGAAGGUUAAUGAUGGAACAGGGAGAAAGUGCCAUGUUGGUGACGCAAAGGAAAGGAAAGAAAGGAAAAUCUCAAGCUAG